UUGCCUUUUAAAAGAAAUGCCACCCACAUUCAGAGACACAAGUGCAGCAGUUUGGGAAGAUGGCGAGUUGGAAGAAGGUGAACUGGAAGAUGAUGGGGCCGAGGAAACCCAGGAUACCUCAGGAGGGCCGGAGAGGAGUCGGAAGGAAAAGGGGGAGAAGCACCACAGUGAUUCUGAUGAGGAGAAGUCUCACCGGAGACUGAAGCGGAAGCGGAAGAAAGAGCGGGAGAAGGAGAAGAGGCGGUCGAAGAAGAGGAGGAAAUCCAAGCACAAACGCCACGCUUCCUCCAGCGAUGACUUCUCGGACUUCUCAGACGAGUCGGACUUCAGCCCCAGCGAGAAGGGGCACCGCAAGUACCGCGAGUACAGCCCCCCGUACGCUCCGUCCCACCAGCAGUACCCCCCGUCACACACCACAUCCCUGCCCAAGAAGGCCUACUCCAAGCUGGACAGCAAGGGCUACGGCAUGUACGAAGACUACGAGAACGAGCAGUACGGGGAGUACGAGGGCGACGAGGACGAUGACCUGGGCAAGGAUGACUACGACGACUUCACCAAGGAGCUGAACCAGUACAGACGUGCCAAGGAGGGCAGCAGCCGGGGCCGAGGCAGCCGGGGCCGGGGCCGGGGCUACCGGGGCCGAGGGAGCCGAGGAGGGUCUCGAGGCCGAGGCAUGGGCAGGGGAGGUCGAGGCCGUGGCAGAGGCUCCGUGGGAGGAGACCACCCGGAGGACGACGAUGACUUCUAUGAGGAGGAGAUGGAAUACGGAGAAAGUGAGGAGCCCCUGGGAGACGAGGAUUACGACGAAUAUUCCAAGGAGCUGAACCAGUACCGCCGCUCCAAAGAUGGCCGAGGACGAGGGCUCAGUCGGGGCCGAGGCCGGGGCUCCCGAGGUCGGGGGAAAGGCAUGGGCCGGGGCCGGGGCCGAGGUGGCCGGGGCGGAAUGAACAAAGGCGGCAUGAACGACGACGAGGACUUCUACGACGACGACAUGGGGGACGGCGGAAGCUACCGGAGGGGUGACCAUGAUAAGCCCCACCAGCAGUCCGACAAGAAGGGCAAAGUCAUCUGCAAGUACUUCGUGGAAGGACGGUGCACAUGGGGAGACCACUGCAACUUCAGCCACGACAUCGAGCUACCAAAGAAGCGUGAACUGUGCAAGUUUUACAUCACCGGGUUCUGUGCCAGAGCCGAGAACUGCCCCUAUAUGCAUGGCGACUUCCCGUGCAAGCUGUACCACACUACGGGGAGCUGCAUCAAUGGGGACGACUGCAUGUUCUCCCACGACCCGCUGACUGAAGAGACUCGGGAGCUCUUGGAUAAGAUGUUGGCUGAUGAUGCGGAAGCGGGUGCCGAGGAUGAGAAGGAAGUGGAGGAGCUGAAGAAGCAGGGCAUCAACCCCCUGCCCAAGCCACCCCCUGGCGUGGGCCUCCUGCCUACCCCUCCUCGGCCCCCUGGCCCCCAGGCCCCAACCUCUCCCAAUGGCCGGCCUAUGCAGGGUGGCCCCCCACCACCCCCGCCGCCGCCGCCACCACCUCCCGGGCCCCCUCAGAUGCCCAUGCCAGUGCACGAGCCGCUGUCUCCACAGCAGCUGCAGCAGCAGCAGGACAUGUACAACAAGAAGAUCCCCUCCUUGUUUGAGAUCGUGGUCCGGCCCACCGGGCAGCUGGCUGAGAAGCUGGGUGUGAGGUUCCCCGGACCCGGUGGACCCCCGGGGCCUAUGGGCCCUGGGCCCAACAUGGGACCCCCAGGACCGAUGGGUGGCCCAAUGCAUCCUGACAUGCAUCCCGACAUGCACCCCGACAUGCAUCCCGACAUGCACCCCGACAUGCACCCUGACAUGCCGAUGGGCCCUGGCAUGAACCCUGGCCCACCCAUGGGACCCGGUGGCCCCCCAAUGAUGCCCUAUGGCCCUGGAGACUCCCCGCAUUCUGGAAUGAUGCCCCCCAUCCCGCCAGCCCAGAACUUCUAUGAGAACUUCUACCAGCAACAGGAGGGCAUGGAGGUGGAGCCCGGCCUCCUCGGGGACACAGAGGACUACGGGCACUACGAAGAGCUGCCGGGGGAGCCUGGGGAGCGCCUCUUCCCCGAGCACCCUCUGGAGCCCGACAGCUUCUCUGAGGGAGGUCCCCCAGGCCGGCCGAAGCCGGGCGCCGGUGUCCCCGACUUCCUGCCCUCGGCCCAGAGGGCCCUGUACCUGAGGAUCCAGCAGAAGCAGCAGGAGGAGGAGGAGAGAGCGAGGAGGCUGGCUGAGAGCAGCAAGCAGGACCGGGAGAAUGAGGAAGGUGACACCGGGAACUGGUACUCAAGCGACGAGGAUGAGGGUGGGAGCAGCGUCACCUCCAUCCUGAAGACCCUGAGGCAGCAGACGUCUAGUCGACCCCAGAUUUCUGUUGGAGAGCUGAGCAGCAGUGGGCUGGGGGACCCCCGCCUCCAGAAGGGACACCCCACAGGAGGCCGGUUGGCUGACCCCCGCCUCAGCCGGGACCCCAGACUCACCCGCCAUGCCGAGGCGUCCAGCGGCUCAGGCCCAGGAGACGUGGGGCCCUCUGACCCACGAUUGGCUCGCUCUCUGCCCCCCGCCAAGCCUGAAGGUGGCCUUCAUUCCAGCCCCGCCGGCCCCAGCAGCUCGAAGGGGUCUGGGCCACCCCCUGCAGAAGAGGAGGAAGGGGAGAGGGCCCUUCGGGAGAAGGCCGUCAGUAUCCCCCUGGAGCCCCUCCCCGGGCACCCGCUGCGCGACCCGCGGUCGCAGCUGCAGCAGUUCAGCCACAUCAAGAAGGACGUGACCCUGAGCAAGCCCACCUUUGCCCGCACUGUGCUCUGGAACCCCGAGGACCUGAUCCCCCUGCCCGUUCCCAAGCAGGACACGGUGCCCCCCGUCCCUGCGGCCCUGCAGUCACUGGCGGCCCUGGACCCCAGGCUGCACCGUGCCACCACCUCGGGCCCCCCCAACCCUCGGCAGCGCCCGGGUACCGCCGCAGACCCCAGCCCUGCCGGCUCCAGCCUGCCUGACUUUGAACUCCUUUCUCGAAUCCUCAAGACUGUCAAUGCCACCGGCUCCUCGGCGACUCCCGGUGACAAGCCCAGCGACCCCCGGGUACGGAAGGCCCCCACCGACCCUCGGCUACAAAAACCGGCAGACUCUGCUGCCUCCUCUCGGGCUGCUAAGCCAGGACCCAAUGACUCGCCCUCGCCAACCGCCAGCCCCAGCGGGGAGUCCUCCCCGCCAGCCACCGCCCCCUAUGACCCCCGAGUGCUGGCGGCCGGCGGGCUGGGCCAGGGCGGGGGCAGUGGGCAGAGCAGCGUGCUAAGUGGCAUCAGCUUGUACGACCCCAGGACUCCCAACGCUGGCGGCAAGGCUGCAGAGCCGGCAGCCGAGGCAGGCCCCCAGCCCAAGGGCGCCGAGGGCAACGGCAAGAGCGCAGGCCCCAAAGCCAAGGAGCCCCCCUUUGUCCGCAAAUCCGCCCUGGAGCAGCCUGACCCCGGGAAGGCCAGCGCAGAUGGGGGCGCGGGCACAGCCACAGACAGAUACAACAGUUACAACCGGCCCCGACCCAAGGCCACAGCCGCCCCGGCCACGGCCGCCGCCACGGGCACCCCGCCAGCAGAGGGCGCCCCGCCCCAACCUGGCGUGCACAACCUGCCCGUGCCCACCCUCUUCGGGACUGUGAAGCAGGCGCCCAAGACGGGUUCUGGAAGCCCCUUCGCUGGCAACAGCCCGGCCCAGGAGGGCGAGCAGGACGCGGGGUCCCUGAAAGAUGUUUUUAAAGGCUUUGACCCCACUGCCUCCCCCUUCUGCCAGUAGUGUUCGGUGGGUCACGCGCUCCCUGCACCUUCCUUUCCCAGGGCCAUAUUUAAGGGCAGCAGCAACCAGAGUUUGGGGACUUGGUGGGAGGAGCCUGGGUGUUCGUUCUUUCCUUUUUCUUUUCAGUUUUCCUUUCUCUUUUCUUUUUUAAAGUAGUACUGUCUUUGCAACAUCUAAAUUGUAUAUAACUGUCUUGGUUCUGGUUAGUGCUCCAGGCUCCCAGGCGCAAGUCCCCUGGGCUUCAGCCUGCCUGGGCCCUGCACUUGGGACUCCCUGGAGGCUGCGCCCAGCCUGGUGGCUGGGUGCCAGGCUUUCUGGGCAAGUUUGCCAGCCAGGCCCACUUCCACUUCCCCAGGACUAGAGAACUGGGCGCAGAGGAGCCCUGGACGCUGCACACCUGCAUGGCCCUGCCAGAGGCACUGCCCCACGGCAGGCAGCCCUGGAAGCAGGUGUGGCCAUGGGCAGGGGUGGUGCCAGCCGGCGGCAGGAAGCCUUGUACAGUCCUGUGGAGCCCUGUCAGGCUGCCAUCUCUGCUCUCCUGGGGCCUCCCUGCCAGCCUCUGUCCUGGUCCUCCUGAGGCUCGCCACUUCGGAGGACUUGGGAGAGGGACCUGGGGGGAGGGGGGGGUGGCGUGGGGUGUGUCCACCUGGAGCUGCCGCCAGGAGGGAGCCCCCUCACCCAGCCCUUCAUCCUCCAUCAGUAUUAGCUGUCCUGUCACGGCCAGGGGUCAUCCCCCCCCAGGGCCAGGACCUGUCCUGGCCCACAGUAGCCAGAGAGCCCCAGAGGCCCAGCCCCGCCUCAGUGGGGCCAGCUCAAGGAUCCGCGGUAUGGCCGCGCCACCAGGCACCCCCGGAGGGAGUCCUGGUGUGGUCUGGGCGUGUCUGUGUGUUCUGCGCGCCUCAGGCCUCCUCAAAUCCUAUGUUUAGAGCCCAUGUUUUGUUUCCUCCUUGGAGAGGGGGUAUAGCUUUCUUCCCAGCUGUCGGGCGCACAACCCAGUGGUGUGUCACGCUGUGGGAUUUAUGGACACCUUCCAGAGAGUGGACCUGAAAAGAGGGUGGGGCACGAUAGCCAGGACAUGGUGGGGGGCUCCUGGGUUCUCUCUGGGAGAGGCCCUGGGACCCCCACUGCUGGUGGGAGGUAUGGAACCAGGAGCUUGUGUCCUGCUCCCCUCGUCUGGCUGAGCCAGGAAGGAAGCCGACGACAGCCUGGGGGCCUCCAGCUCUGUCGAACCCUGCUGCGCUCCAGCCUGGCCUCAGGUGCACCCCACAGGCUUGGUCUGGAGAGACAGGCCCAGGGGGAGCUGGGGUGGGUGAGUCAGGGUCCUGGGGCAGCGCCGGCAGUUCCCCACCAGCCAUCUCCUGCCUUCUGGUCCCGCCACCCGCAUGCCUUGCGCGGAGCCCCAUCUCUUGCUAAUAAUGAGGCCACGGGCCUCCGCCCCCGCCGCCUCUGCGUGGCCGGUGAGCGAGGCUCCUUACCGCGCGCCCUCUGCCCCGACAGCUGUCCGGUGGCUUGGGGCGAGAGGCAGGGAGGCCGCCCGCAGUGCAGUGUGUCCUGGCGGGGUGAGGUUUGUCUCUUUUUGUUUUUUUUUGUUUUUUUUAAGCAAUCAUUAGUGAGAUUUUUCUUCAGCCACCCAGGACUGGCCUGGGAAUGGGCUGUGGCCUGGGUGUUUUUGUAAAGUGAGAACACGCACACGGUGGAUGGGUGGUUUUUUUUCCCCCCUCAUUUGCGAAUUUUCUUUUGUAAAAGAAAUUAAAUACUUUUUAAAAACUGAAAUCUGUGGAUGAACUAGAAGCUGGACACCCUCCUCUUGGAAUAUUCAGCCUAAGAACCCCAUGGCACUAUGAAUUCACCCAGAAUCUUCAUUUGCCAUCAGACCGAGCUUUUAAAGACAAAAU